AAUUGCCAAAUAAUUUUACUCCUAAAUACGUAUGCUAAUUAAAGACUGAAAAAUAAACACCAAUGAUUUGGUUACGCGGAAAGCCUCUUGCGAGGAAAAAACCGCGGGAGGGUAUAAAUCCCUGCCGAAAUAAUUGCACUAGAAUGAUAAUUGUGGGUACAGUAGUUGAAGUGUAUUCUGAGACUAUCUCCUAGCACAUGUACAUCUAUUUAUAGUACAAGAUUCUAGUUUGAAAUCUACUCCACGUUAUCCACCCGUUUCCUUGUUCUUAUCUUUAACAACUGAUCACGCAGUAACCUAACUCCCUACUUUGUCUCCAGUGCUUGACCCCUUUAUUUUCUCCAAGCCGUUAUGUUCUCUUUCAUUCAAGCCGUCAUGUCCUCAUCGACACCUUACUCGACAGGUCUCGUUGUCCACACGUCCUCCCGUCAGUGCGUCACGUGUUACGACUUGGUCUAUAUUUUAUAGUUAUAACAAUAGCCCUUUGAUUUUGAUUGGAUGCAUGCAAAUGUAUCUAAUGAAAAUCAACUCAAUCUUUUGGAUAGAUUUCCCCCGCCUCGAGCAACGCGCAAUCAGCCCAACUUCCCGUAUUCCCCAUCAUUACAUUUCCCCAUAUUUCUCUCUUAUAACUCCUUUUCAGUUCCUUCUUUCUUCCUGUAGACUAAACGUUUCUUUCAGAUUCUGCAUCAAUGGUGAAAAAGACUUCCCAAACCUCUCAGCCCGAUGUCGCUCUUCCGCCUUCUCUCUGGGUAGAUCCUGAUGUGCUUGACAAAGGUGAUAGCAAAGCAAGCAUUAUGAAGGAGACGAAGUUGAUCACUGUCAAGCCGUUGUUAGGUCGGAAUGUCGUCGCUGUUCUUCCCAGAUCCGAUGAGCGUGCAGACUGGUAUCGUAAGGGGUGGGUAUGCUUCUACUAUUAUCCCUUCGAUAUUGGUCUUGUUUUUCCUUUCUCAAAAUUCAUAAGAGAUACCUUCACAUAUAUGCGGAUCUCUCCCGGUCAACUUAUGUCAUUUGCGUGGAGGACUCUCGCAUGUCUUGAUGCUAUUGAGGCUAAGCAUCAAUUGGGCAUCGACGUUAACGUGGUUAAAUGUUGUUAUAACAUCAAGAAAUUUUACAAGGCCAGAUUCAGUUUUACUCACAAGAAGCCUAAUGACCCACUGAUCCUGAAUGUCGAGGCUGUAAAUGAUAGAAACUGGAAAGACGAUUUCUUUUUCAGUGAGAAGUCUAGCUUGGGGGAAGAGGGUUCACAUUUUCUUGAUCUCUGGACUUCCACAGAGCCAAACUUUGAUUUUGAUGACAAGGAUUCCGCAACCAAGGAGAUUGUCGCUAAAAUUAGGAAUCUCUAUCUAGGAGAUAGACUGUGGCCCAACUGAUUGGGUCGACCCGUCAGGAACUCCAGCCCGGUGGAUGUCGAGGCAUAUGCUGCCCGUUUGAACAGAAGUGCUGCUAAGGCUGUUGCUCAAAGAACCAGGAGUAAGAUUGUCCCCUCUGUUGCCAAGAGUUCAAGCUCAGUUCAGAAUCUGUCGUCUGAAACAUCUGAAAGCCCUGGUACUGAAAAGGGAAUAGAGGCCAGUUCUAGCAGAAACUAUGCCAAAGAGUUUAAAUCACCCGUCUUGCCGCCCAUGUUGAGCACUAGUAGAGAACUUUUUGCAAAAAGGGUUCGUGAUGAUAAGGCCAUUGAAACCAAUUUCCCUAAGAGCCCGUCAAUGCCUCUCUCCAAACUUAGUCCUGACCACAAAAAAUCUAAGACUUCACCCAGUGGCGUCAUGGCCAAAACUGGACCCUCUGUUCCCAGGAUCCUCCAGGAAUACAAACCUCACGUCAAUCCGUCUGAGUUUUCACACCAGCUCGAUGAUCUGUUGCUAUCCCAAUAUGUUGAGGCCUCUGAAGGCAAGAAGUUGGACGUUGUCCUUGAUGAAGUUCCCGGCUAUGUUUUUCACGCGUUGCAAGCAUCACUUCUGUCGCGCCAGACGUUCAAGGCCCAGGAAAAGAAACUAUCUUCCCUGGAAGUUGCUCAUGGCAUGUGUUCAGAAAAGUUGAAGGCCGCCAGGGAGCUGGCUGCUGCUCAUCUGAAAACAGGAAUGGAGAUCCAAAAGGAGUUGGAUGAAUUUGUGGAAAAAGUGCGAGUCAUGGAAAGGGACCUGACUGCUAAUGCUCAGGAUGAAAUCACUCGUCAUGUCAUGCGUUCUAGGGUGGAGGUGAUGUCUGAGUAUUUUCGUGGUGAACAUGUGGGCUGGGAUCUGAAUGAAACAAUCCGCAUCUAUAAUGAGGCAUAUCCGAAGGAUGCCUUCCCGCUCUAUGUUCCUCCAGUUGAGAAUGCAAAGACGGGGUCUGCUGUUGAUGAGAUGGAUGUGGUCGAAGAUUCCGAAGACAAGGGUGUGGCUGUUGACGCAGAGGUAGGUGACAACAACACCCGUGAUCCGGAUGAUCAGGAUCUUCAGGAUGGUCAGGGCGGUCAGGACGCCAAGGAUGUCGCGAAUAUUUAAAU